AUGGUCAACCCUGUCGUGUUCUUCGACAUCGCCGUCGAUGGCGAGCCCUUGGGCCGCGUCUCCUUCGAGCUGUUUGCAGACAAAAUUCCAAAGACAGCAGAAAAUUUUCGUGCUCUAAGUACUGGAGAGAAAGGAUUUGGUUAUAAGGGUUCCUGCUUUCACAGAAUUAUUCCAGGAUUUAUGUGCCAGGGUGGUGACUUCACACGCCAUAAUGGCACUGGCGGCAAGUCCAUCUAUGGGGAGAAGUUUGAUGAUGAGAACUUUAUCCUGAAGCAUACAGGCCCUGGCAUCUUGUCUAUGGCAAAUGCUGGGCCAAACACAAACGGUUCUCAGUUUUUCAUCUGCACUGCCAAGACUGAGUGGUUGGAUGGCAAGCAUGUGGUCUUUGGGAAGGUGAAAGAGGGCAUGAACAUCGUGGAAGCCAUGGAGUGCUUUGGGUCCAGGAAUGGCAAGACCAGCAAGAAGAUCACCAUUACCGACUGUGGACAACUCUAAUACAUUUGACUUGUGUUUAUCUUAACCACCAAACCAUUCCUCUGUAGCUCAGGAGAGCACCCCUCCACCCCGUAUCUGCUCGCAAUAUCCCAU